AUGAUAGCCUUUUUAAGUGGUUACUGUGAUUGUAAAAAAUCCUAUAAGCCUGUUUCUGAUAGCGCUGCAAAGAAAUAUUUGCAAACAUUUGGUUAUGUUGGCACAAGCAAUAUGUUGAAUGCUUCACCAAAUUCAAUGGGUGGCGGUAAUGUGGAGGAUACAUUGUCAGUGUUUAAAAAAGCAAUUAAAAAAUUUCAAGAAUUUGCUGGACUUCUCCCUACGGGUCAACUGGACGAAGCCACAAAAACAAAAAUGGCUGAACCUCGUUGCGGUGUAGUCGACGUUAUGACCUCAGCUUUCACUUGGGACAAAACAGAUCUAACAUAUUCAAUUGAAUCGUUUAGCACCGAUCUUCCACGUGAGGAAGUUAGGGAUGCAAUUGCAAAAGCUUAUAAAAUGUGGUCAGAUGUUACGCCACUAAAUUUCCGUGAGGUUCCAUCUAAUGGUGAUAUCAGAGUCAAAUUUGGUGCUGGCAGUCAUGGUGAUCCAUGGCCAUUUGAUGGGUCAGGUGGCGUGCUAGCACAUGCAACUUUCCCUAAAUCUGGUUAUUUACAUUUUGAUGAAGAUGAGGACUGGGCUUACAAGGACCACAACAAAUUGAUUAAUUACCAGUAUAUCGAUUUGCUUAGUGUUGCUAUACAUGAAGCUGGUCAUACAUUAGGACUUGAGCAUUCUCGUGAUAAAAAUGCAAUUAUGGCUCCAUUUUAUCAGGAUGUCGUUGACCGUUACGGGAACUACGUGGAAUCAAAACUAGCUAGAGACGAUAUCGAGAAAAUUCAGGAUCUCUACGGACUUCAAGAACCAAAAAAAAAAAAACAAUUAUUUUUAGUACGUGGAACAGCUUAUUUGUUCAGCUCUACAAAAGUAUAUGAGAUUCAAAACAACAAAGUGAUUGACGUACAUUCAUUGAAACAGCUAUUUCCAAAUGGUCCACCGUAUACACAAGGAGCUUUCGGAAAUCGUGAAACAGACACGACUUAUUUAUUCCACGACAGAAAAGUCUAUUCAUACAAAUAUGAUGAUCGUCGGCGAAGUUUCAAGCUGGAAAAUGGGUAUCCAAAAAGGCUUCCGUUUUCAUUAAAAUUUAACCCGAUGGGAGCUUUUCGUUGGUCGGACAACCAGGAUUAUUUAUUUAAUGCCAAUGAUUAUGCCGUCUACAACGAUGAAGUAAAUGGUAUCAGAACCCAAGGUCGAGUUCCAGAACGCUUCAAAAACUUCCCACGGCUAGAAGCCAUUCGUGGUAAGUUGAUACAGCACAAGAAUGCUCAACAAAUCUUGAAACGGUUCUUACGGUACACAUAA